AUGUUGGCCACCACCUCCUCUACCACGGGCACCUAUGCCGGUGGGACCCCCGCCAAGCUGGGCCACAAAACAUCCCGACCCAGCAACGUUUCCAUGGCUGACUCCAUUCUCUCUGCCGAUGGCCUCGUUUCAGACCGCGAGGCGCCUGAACAUGAGCCGAAAGCUGCUGGCGUGAGGCCUUCCGAAGAUGACCUCGAGCCCAAGCAUCUGCAGAGCCGUCGCCCCACCCUGCUCGAUGGUAGACCUGACUUGGGCCCCGCCCAACCCAAAAUGAGUCUGGGCAACGUCUCCAUCUGGAGCGAAGGCGUUUACCUCAAUGUCCACGAUAGCCCCAUCCCAAGCCAGCGACCUUCGCUCAUUGGUCCUCUUGCCAAUCACCCUUGGAAUCAACAAAGCCUCGCCUCGACCCCCCGCUCCAGUACGGACAGCGCAGCUACCCAACAGGCCGGCCCCAGUGUCCAUGAUGCCUCGUCAAAGUGCAAUGUUCCCCUCGUCCUCGACCCGCUGACAUGCAAUGCUCCCGACCUCGAACCCCAACCCUCAAACCUCUCCACUAGCCCCGGACAAGCUCCCAGGAAGCGACCAGGAUCCCGCAAAGAGCGCUUCCAGCUCAAGCGCACCUGCAGCACCACCAUCACCACACCCCACAACCCACCCCUCGAGCGGACUCCCUCCCUUAAACGCCUCCUUUCCUGGGCCGGCCGCCUUGGAAGCAAGACUCGUCUUGACCCGCCUGCGGCUGGGCCAACAGCCCCAGACGCUGCCCUGCAGACCACCGUCGGCCCCACGGACCCGGUGGCUCCCAUGCGACGACGAAGCCAGUCGCUCAUCAACGUCUUGGCCCAGACGACUACCGCGCCCGGCCACGCCGGUGCCCUUGAACGACGCCGUUCGUCCAGCGUUCUCUCACCACGAGCUCUCGAGCAGCUUCGCCGUCACGAAACAAUGGACCACGAAGAACUCCUCCGCCUUCGGGCCACUACACGCCAGCCCCGCAGCUUGCAGCAACCAAUCAUCCGUCUGCCCAAUAAGGGACCUGACGCUAGCAUGGUCAUCAACGGCGAAUACGUUCGAUCCACAGACCCCGUUCACCGCAGCCCUCGUGCUUCCCAGGACAAGGGCGCCUUAUCCGAGCACACGACAGCUGCACCGGCGCUGCCAGCCGCCGAUGCCGCCACUUCCAACCCCGAACCACAACUGGGUCGUCUUUUAAACACCCGCCUAUCCGCACUAGAACACAAGGCUUUUCUGCGGCACCGCGUACUCAACACCCCUUUUACCCAGAGCGUCUAUCAUCGCCUGCACUUUACACACGACGAUGCCGACAUUUCAGCUGACCCCGAAGAAUCUCGUGCCCGAGCGGUGGACAACGGCCUCUGCUUACCCACCACUGCCUCUUCCUCAGCAGCAGUCCCGGCCGGCACGGGGGCACGCCCAGCCAUUUUUACGCUCGCCACCCCCAACCGUCGCCCAACCGAAACUCGUCAGCGUGCUGCCAACACCCCUUCAGCACGCCGACCCUCGAGUCCUGACGUGAUCAACCCGUCUACUAGCCCCACUCGCCGUAAAUCCCGGUUUGGCGCCCUCACAGGUGGGCGUCGCCUCAGCCUAUUCACACGAAGUCGAGCCUCUCCACGCCGCCAGUCACGUGCCAGUCGCAUGCAAAGCAAUGCUUCUGAAGGGCCGGAAGAGGAGAAUGCUGACGCUGCCGCGACGGCCAGCUCUCCAAGCCGUCGUCUUAGCCGCUUUAAUCCUCUCGCCAACCUCUCCACCCGCCUACGCCGACCCAGCUCCAGCUCCAACGCCAACACCACCAGCUCAGCAGGUGCCUCCCCCACAAACACCAGCGGUCUUCGACAUGCCGAAAAUGUCAACAAUGCCCUGGCCAAAUCGCCGAGCGUGUCGUUGAUGGGCUCUGUUGAUACCCACGAGGAAGCAUGA